AUGAAGCUCUCCGCAACCCUCCUCCUCACCCUGACAACCUCCGUCCUCGCCGCUCCCGUAGCCCAGUCUUCCUACAGUGAGUACGGCUCAUACUCCAACGUCCCCGCCCCGGCCGGCGGCUACGGCUCCUACGGCGACUACAAAGGCGUUGCAGCUCCACCGGUCGAGAACCCCCCGGCGCCGGCUGCGGGCUAUGGCGACUAUAGCAAUGUGCCGGCGCCGGCGGGUGGGUAUGGUAGUUAUGGGACGUACAAGCGGGGUGCGGAGAAGCAAGAAGAGGUGAAGGUAUGA